CUAAGGACUAAGAAUCUCCGCCUUCGGACGCGACCGCGACCCAGAACGAGCUUACCAAAGCGAUGGUCAUAGCUCAAAUUCGCUUGUUCCUGCUCCCGAUGCACAAACAGGCCACUAGCCUGGCGGUUGUCAGCUUGCGAAGCACAUCGAACGCGUGUUGCCGGCAGACUAAGAUCGACAUGCAGUCUGGAUUUGCCUCUUUUGUCCCGCUCGGCUUGCUAGAGAAUAUAAGCUGGUUGCGCACGCACCCAUCGCUUGCGGUGAUGCAACGAAUGAUCUAGGCGCCCGAACGGAGAUCUAAAGAAGGGCAAACAUCAAGAUUUGUUUGUCCCGUGACUGUCCAGCUCCAGCCAAUUCACAGC